UUUCUCUUCAGCAGCGGGUGGCAGAAUUGGAAAAAAUUAAUGCAGAAUUUUUACGAGCAAAGCAACAGCUUGAGCAAGAAUUUAAUCAAAAGAGAGCAAAAUUUAAAGAGUUAUAUUUGGCUAAAGAGGAUUCCACAUAUAAGGGCCAGUCCAUCAGGAAGACAGAAUAGUUAUAUACACAUCUAACUACAGAAUCCCACAAUACAGGAAACAAGCUGACAGAAAUGAAAGGAGAAAAAUACAGUUUUACAAGGAUCUGAAGAGGCAAAAUGCAGUUCUACAAGCUGCACAAGAUGAUUUGGGACAUCUUCGGACACAGUUGUGGGAAGCCCAAGCAGAGAUGGAAAACAUCAAGGCCAUUGCCACGGUGUCUGAGAAUACCAAGCAAGAAGCUAUAGAUGAAGUGAAGAGACAGUGGAGAGAAGAAGUUGCUUCACUUCAGGCUGUUAUGAAAGAAACAGUUCGUGACUAUGAGCACCAGUUCCACCUUAGGCUGGAGCAGGAGCGAACACAGUGGGCACAGUAUCGAGAAUCUGCAGAGAGGGAAAUAGCUGAUUUAAGGAGAAGGCUGUCUGAAGGUCAAGAGGAGGAAAAUUUAGAAAAUGAAAUGAAAAAGGCCCAAGAGGAUGCUGAAAAACUUCGGUCUGUUGUGAUGCCUAUGGAGAAGGAAAUUGCAGCUUUGAAAGAUAAACUGACAGAGGCUGAAGACAAGAUUAAAGAGCUGGAGGCCUCAAAGGUGAAAGAGCUGAAUCAUUAUCUGGAAGCUGAGAAAUCUUGUAGGACUGAUCUAGAGAUGUACGUAGCUGUUUUGAAUACUCAGAAAUCCGUUUUACAGGAAGAUGCUGAGAAACUUCGGAAAGAAUUGCAUGAAGUUUGCCAUCUCUUGGAGCAAGAGCGACAACAACACAACCAGUUGAAACACACGUGGCAAAAGGCCAAUGACCAAUUCCUGGAGUCUCAACGUUUGCUGAUGAGGGACAUGCAGCGAAUGGAAAUUGUGCUAACUUCUGAACAGCUCCGACAAGUUGAAGAACUGAAGAAGAAAGAUCAGGAGGAAGAUGAACAGCAAAGACUUAGUAAGAGAAAGGAUCACAAAAAAACAGAUGUUGAGGAGGAAGUAAAAAUACCAGUAGUGUGUGCUUUAACUCAUGAAGACUCUUCAGCUCAGUUAUCAAAUGAGGAGGAACAUUUAGAUAGCACCCAUGGUUCAGUCCAUUCUCUGGAUGCAGACUUACUGUUGCCAUCUGGGGAUCCUUUCAGUAAACCAGACAAUGAUGUGUUUAAAGAUGGACUCAGGAGAGCACAGUCUACAGAUAGCCUGGGAACUUCAGGCUCGCUGCAAUCCAAAGCUUUAGGCUAUAACUACAAAGCAAAAUCUGCUGGGAACCUGGACGAAUCAGAUUUCGGACCGUUGGUAGGAGCAGAUUCGGUAACUGAGAACUUUGAUACCGCCUCCCUUGGGUCACUGCAAAUGCCAAGUGGGUUUAUGUUAACCAAAGAUCAGGAGAGAGCAAUCAAGGCGAUGACACCGGAACAAGAGGAGACGGCAUCCCUCCUGUCGAGUGUCACACAGGGCAUGGAAAGUGCUUAUGUGUCCCCCAGUGGCUACCGCCUAGUCAGUGAGACAGAAUGGAAUCUCUUGCAGAAAGAGAUACACAAUGCUGGAAAUAAACUUGGUAGACGCUGUGAUAUGUGUUCCAAUUAUGAAAAACAAUUACAAGGAAUUCAGAUUCAGGAGGCUGAAACAAGAGACCAGGUGAAAAAACUACAGGUGAUGCUAAGGCAAGCAAAUGAUCAGUUAGAGAAGACAAUGAAAGAUAAACAGGAAUUGGAAGACUUCAUAAAGCAGAGCACUGAAGAUUCAAGUCACCAGAUCUCUGCACUUGUCCUAAGAGCCCAAGCUUUGGAAAUCUUACUUGAAGAGUUACAGCAGGGGUUUUCCCAGGCAAAGAGGGAUGUUCAGGAACAGAUGGCAGUGCUGAUGCAGUCACGGGAACAGGUUUCAGAAGAACUGGUGAGGCUACAGAAAGAUAAUGACAGUCUUCAGGGAAAGCAUAGCUUGCAUGUGUCAUUACAACAAGCAGAAGACUUCAUUCUCCCAGACACUAUGGAGGCACUCCGGGAGCUGGUGUUAAAAUACCGUGAGAAUAUCAUUAAUGUGCGGACAGCAGCAGAUCACAUGGAAGAAAAGCUGAAGGCUGAAAUACUUUUCCUGAAAGAGCAGAUUCAAGCAGAACAGUGUUUAAAAGAAAACCUUGAAGAAACUCUGCAGCUAGAAAUAGAAAACUGCAAAGAAGAAAUAGCUUCCAUCUCUAGCCUAAAAGCUGAAUUAGAAAGAAUAAAAGUAGAAAAAGGACAGUUGGAGUCCACAUUAAGAGAGAAGUCUCAACAGCUUGAGAGUCUUCAGGAGAUGAAAAUGACGUUGGAAGAACAGCUGAAGAAAGAAACUGCUGCUAAGGUUACUGUCGAACAACUAAUGUUUGAAGAGAAGAACAAAGCUCAGAGGUUGCAGACUGAACUAGAUGUCAGUGAACAAGUGCAGAGAGAUUUCGUAAAGCUUUCUCAGACCCUUCAGGUGCAAUUAGAGCGGAUCCGACAGGCGGACUCCUUGGAGAGAAUCCGGGCAAUUCUGAAUGACACCAAACUGACAGACAUUAACCAGCUCCCCGAGACAUGACACCCUCAUGGCAGGACUCUAGCCUGCACUUUGGGUUUUUAACUCAUCUUUAGAGCAACAUUAAUUAUUAUUUAACUCUUAACUGAAGAAGAAGUCACACACAAAAAGGAAGACUGGAGAAAUGUUUAAUUCUAGUGGGAGGAGACUGUGCAGCACAGGAACAGCAAACAGCCAGGGUAAUUUGCAGCAAAAAGACCUUUCAAACGGAACACUAACCAGACUCCAGACUGGAUUCCAGUGAGUGUGGGAUCAGACUUGGUGACGGAGAAAGUGCUGUUUCCUUGCCUGCUUCGUCCGACAUUUCCCUGCCCUAAAGCACCCUUCUAAUAGUGUUUGAAAUGACAUUUCCUGUUCAUAGAUAUUGGAAGAGAGAAUUUUUUUUUCCUGUUGUCUAGAGUUAAUCAGUAACAGUAUUCAGCUAGCAGACAGGUGUAGUAUGCGGUAUGAAUAUUUUAUAUUAAAAUAUGAAGUCUGAGAGCAGGCCAUUGGCUAGUGACUGUAUUUCCUAGCUCAGUGUAUUUUUUUUAAACCAUUGUAUCUUGCGUUGGAGGACCUUAAAUGCUACUGAAACUUGCCUGAGAACCAUAAGACGGUGGCAAACAAAACCAAUUCAGUUGGAACUGAAUUAAUUAUGAGAAUUUGAAAACUUGGCUGGGGCUAUAUGUAUUGGAAAUUGAGGUUAAAGGAAAAGCACAAGAAACUGUUUGGAAGCACUUUUUCUGCUACCUGGUAAAUUUCGUGGACCCACAGGUACCAGGGUCAAGCUGAACCCGCACCGUCUACUCUUAAAAACUGUUUUAGUUACUGGAUCAGUGGAAGAAAUAUUAAUAAAACAAGCUAUGUCUGACAACACCUAGUAUAAAUGUAUAAGUCUGCUGCUUAUUUUAUUUUCAACUUGAAUAGUGGAUUUGAGUACUAUUUGUUUCAAAAGUGUCAGACGCAAAAAUGGUGAUAACUAGGUUUGGCAGAUACCUGUUUUGUAUUUUUCUUUUGUAUUUUAGACCUGGAGUGUGAUGAUGCUUAUGGUGAAGUUGGGGGAAACCCACCUAGUUCAUCAGUUUGGAAAUCUGCUUUGUCAUUUCUAUGAGGUUAAAUUCCGUUCCUGUGUGGAGAAGGCAUCAGUGGACAGGUUGUCUUUGCCGUAGCCUUAUGAAGUGUUGCAGAAAGCACAAGAAUGGAUGUGUGUUCACUGUUUACCUGCAAGUACUGUUAGCCGGUGGAAGGCUAUGCUGUUUUAUCAAUAAUUCAUCAUAUAGGUGGUUCAAAAGUAAAACUCUUGUUUUCAAGUACUUUUUGUGAUUGGUGGUGUGUAAUGAUGAGUUCUUGAAGGAACUAUGUGGGAAUUAAGUGGAUUAGGUAGAUUUUCUGGCUCAAGUAAGCCUACAACUUGAAUUGUCUUUGUUAUAAAUGAAGUCAAACUAGUCCUAAAGAUCUUUAUUUCUGUCUUCCAUAAGACAAGAUAUGGCCUACAUACCUCAUUCCUUGGGCUACUGCUGUAGUCUUACAUUCAUGAUUAUGAAUUUGAAAGUAAAUACUAAUUAUGGAAAUAGUGCUAUAGGCUUGCAUGAAUGAAACAUCUUAAUUGGUUUAAAGUCCUUUUGUAUAAAGGGGUACUUGGUUUCCUUUAAAGGAAACAUGUAUCCUCACUGAAUUACAGGGAAUUUUUAUUAUUUCCAAAAAUGCAAUCACUUUAAAUUAUGUAAGAUCAGUUCCUUGGAUAAACUCCAAGCUCAUUUGUUUUAGAUUAUUAAAACUGGCACUGUAGUAAAUCAAGGCGGAUAAUUCAUAAUCCUCCUGAAUGAACUAUAGCUCCCAGGGAACUGCUAGGCUGAAAUUGGGCACCUUUCUCAUGUUUUUCUCCAAAAGAUGGUUCUGGGCCAAUAAAAUCAUGAUUAGGAAAGUGUUAGCAGUCUUUACAGUGGCAGAUGCAAAUUGUUGGAACCCACUUUUUUGAGAAAAAAUCUCUUUCUGGUAUGAAACACCUCUUUAAACUGGGUUUUCUGUAUAAAUGGGAAACUGAUUUGGAAGGCAGUGUUUAGCCCUCCAAGACAAAUGAAAAGGUUGGGUUUCAUAAGUGUUCCUGUGUUUGUAUUUAGUCCAUGUACACAUGUUCCCAUGCAUGUCUAACCUGAUUUUACCCCUUACCUGUAACCUACCUUACCAUGUGGCUUUUCAUCGGCAGUCACUUAGCCAUUUCUAGGCAGGUAUAGUGUUACCUUUCAGAACUCAUAUUUGGCAGGUAUAAAAAUAUUACCUAAAGCUAAAGGACAAAAUCAUAUACUGUAUACCAGGCUCUCUGUCUCUCCAUUUGAGAUCCUACACGUGCACCUCACACCCAUCAGUGACAUGAACCGGGACACAGCACAGCCCAGCUCAGCUCUGAAAGGUAAUACUGCCUGUCACGGAAGUGAGCCAGCGGUAGCCUUGCAACUGUGGAGCCUGAGUUCCGCUCUGAGCAGAUUUCAGGUAUAACCAUUUGUUAACUGCACUGGAGGUGUAUCCUUAAGAAGAAAGUGUUCAAAUUAAAAAAGCUGCUGCCUAGUA